AUGUCGAUUCGAAAAGAAGAGUGGUUCGAGCAACCGAUGCGGGAAAAAAUAGGCAUUGAUUAUGGAAUUCAUGUUCGCGGAAGACUCAUCGACUCGGCGUUCACGGUCCACUUUGAUCCAAAGUACGACACACUGGUUGAGGCCGUCAAGGAAGCAACAAACGCUGGAAUUCGCGAAGCGGGAAUCGAUGUGCGCUUGUGCGAUAUUGGCGAGACAAUUGAGGAGGUGAUGACCUCGUACGAAGUCGAACUUGAUGGUAAAACUUAUACGGUCAAGCCGAUUCGUAAUCUGAACGGUCACUCGAUUGGACAAUACAGAAUUCAUGCCGGCAAAACAGUGCCGAUUGUGAAGGGCGGCGAGCAGACGAAAAUGGAGGAGAAUGAGAUCUACGCUAUUGAAACCUUCGGAUCCACUGGCAAAGGUUAUGUUCACGAUGAUAUGGAAUGCUCGCAUUACAUGAAGAACUUUGAGACUGCUGAUGAUCGCGUCUCGCUUCGGCUUCAAAAGUCGAAGGGCCUUCUCAGUUUGAUUGAUAAGAACUUUAGCACGUUGGCGUUCUGCCGCCGCUGGAUUGAUCGUCUUGGCGAGACGAAGUACUUGAUGGCAUUAAAGGAUCUAUGCGAUAAGGGUAUCGUCGAUCCAUACCCGCCACUCUGUGACAUCAAAGGAUGCUACACGGCUCAAUGGGAGCACACGCUUCUCAUGCGUCCCACUGUCAAAGAGGUCGUCUCGCGCGGCGACGAUUAUUAA